GCUGAUUGAUGCACACAACUGUGUGUGUGCGUUUGUGAGUUCUAGAUACUAGAUAUUUUUUAGGUCUACACUUUCUUUAGUCUAUACUAUAUUUAACUGCAAUGUAAAUAAAUGCAAUGACUAUCGUCACAUGGUGGAUGUGUGUGUGUUCUCUUACUUUACUUGGAACAUAUCAUCAAUUAUUUGAUUACCUAAGCAGGCGGUGCAACUGUGCAAUUCAUCAAUUUAACAUUGAAAUCUAAAAAAAAAAUAAUGCUGAUUCGCCGUUUCAAACGUGUUCACGAUGUUGCAAAUCAUAUAUUUGAUCGUAUUGCUAUUGUUGCAACGAGUAGAGAAAUGCACGGCAAAUUCUCGAUCUUGUUUAUUGUGCUGGGAAUGCUUUGCAUCUCCCAUCAGCUCUUCGAUAAUGAAAUUAAUUUAGAAUGCGAAGGAAAGAGGAUAUACGAAAACGUUACUCUGACCGCCUACUAUCCGGAUUUCGACGAUGAGGAUCACGAGAGCGGUUACCAUGACAAAGAGGGAAACGCUCUGAAAACGCUGCAGGAUUUCGUCGAUGACCGUAAUCAGUACGUGACCGUUGCCAUGGAUCCCAAUUUAAAUAUUCCGUAUGGAAGCGCGAUCUGCAUACCGGAACUGAACAAGCAUUUCGGACAUCGCAUCCGUUUCCGAGUCUGCGACUCGAGCAGCGAUCUCCUCGGAACCGGAUACGGAAGGGCGGACAUUUGCGUACGCUCAGAGGUGGACAGCUACGAUAUCAACGUCAACAGACGGGCCGCCACCCUCUUUUUCGAAUAAACAACAACAAAAAGAUUAUCUUGUCA